CAGCGGGACGGGAGAGCACGGACAGGCGGACUGACCCAGAUCGCAGGGGGACAGCGGGACAGAACCAGGGACGGAUGGAGAGAUAGAGGGGUAGAUACAGGGUUAGACAGAAAAAUAAAAGGGCAGAUACAGGGGUAGAUAGAGGAUAGAUGCAGGGGUAGAUACAGGGGUAGCUGGAUAGAUACAGGGGUAGAUAGAGAGAUAGAUACAGGGGUAGAUGCAUAGAUACAGGGGUGGAUAGAGGGGUAGAUAGGGGGGUAGCUGGAUAGAUACAGGGGUAGAUAGAGAGAUAGAUACAGGGGUAGAUGCAUAGAUACAGGGGUGGAUAGAGGGGUAGAUAGAUGGAUAGAUACAGGGGUGAAUAGAAGGGUAGCUAGAGGGAGAGAUACGGGGUGGAUAGAGGGAUAGAUACAGGGGUGGCACAGAGCUGCAUAGCAAGAAUCAGGAAUUCAGGGAUAGGUAGAAGGAUCCCAGUGUGGAGAGGGUCCCAGGACUGUAUAGGGGGGAGCAGCCCACGACCCCUGGGCCAGACAAUGGGCUGGGGGGGACCAUGGGCCUGUGCCCCCCUGUUUGUGCUGCUGCUGCUGGCAGCUGCGGGGGGUGAGCGGCACCGGGCCCCCAGGCGGAAAUGCCCCAUCGUCUGCAGCUGCACCCAGGACAACGCACUAUGUGACAGGACAGACGGGGUCCCCCGAGGACUGCCCCCCGACAUCACCUCCCUGUCCCUGGUGCGAUCCGGAUUCACUGAGCUCCGAGAGGGAAGUUUCCUGCAGACGCCAUCCCUGCAGCUGCUUUUGUUCACGUCCAGCACGCUUGGGCUGAUCAGGGACGAUGCCUUUGUGGGACUCCUGCACCUGGAAUAUCUGUUCAUCGAGAACAACAAAGUCGGCUCCAUUUCCAAGAACGCACUGCGGGGCCUCAAGGGACUUGUGCAUCUGAGCCUGGCACACAACCAGCUGGAGACGCUGCCGCGCCACCUGUUCCGGGGCCUGGACGCCCUGACCCAUGUGGACCUGCGGGGGAACCCCUUCCACUGCGACUGCCGGAUCAAGUGGCUGGUGGAGUGGCUGAGCAGCACCAAUGCCAGCGCAGAGCUGGGCGAAUGCCAGGGCCCAGCCGAGCUCAACGGCACCCGGCUGAGCCAGCUGCAGCUCCAGGACUUUGACUGCAUUACCACCGGUAUGGGACCCCUGAGCCAGCCGCACCCAGCCCCGAGUAGCCAGCCCCGUGCGGUGUUAUAUGCGGCUAUUCCCCAGCUGCCCCACCCCAGAAGUGGCUGCAUCUCAGCGCCGGCGCUGGCGCUGUUCCAGUCGCUGCCCUUCCAGGCGCUGUCGGUGGAGCCGUUCUGGUACCAGGGGGAGCAGCACGUGGCCAUCACCCAGCCCUUCGCCGGGCGCUGCAGCCUGCUUGAGUGGGACCACCUGGACGGGGCCUUCCGGGCCUACGCCUCCAUCAACGGCUCGUCGCCUGUGGCCUGCAAGCCGCUGGUGGUGGAGGGGCGGCUGCUGGUGGUGCUGGCGCAGCUCGCCGGGGGGUCCCAUGUGUGGCGUCGGGAGGAGGCCUCGGGGCGCUUCGUGCGGCUGCAGGAGCUGGGCCCGCAGCGCAUCCGCAAGCCCAACGCCCUGGCCAGCUUCCGGGUGGACGGCGACUGGUUCCUGGCUGUGGCCGACAGCUCCAAGGCGGGCGCCACCACGCUCUUCCGCUGGGGCGGGCGCGGCUUCUACGCUCACCAGGCCCUGCACGCCUGGCACCGCGACACCCACGUGGAGUUCCUGGAGCUCGCCGGCCGGCCCAGCCUCAUCCUGGCCAGCAGCUCCCAGCGCCCUGUUGUCUACCAGUGGAGCCGGCCCGGCCGUGCCUUCCUACGCCACACAGAUAUCCCUGACAUGGACGACGUCUACGCCGUUAAGCACUUCCGCCUGCGCGGGGAAGUCUACGUCUGUCUGACCCGCUUCAUUGGUGACUCCAAGGUGAUGCGCUGGGAGGGCUCCAUGUUCCGGGACGUCCAGCACAUGCCAUCACGCGGCUCCAUGGUCUUCCAGCCACUGGGCAUUGGGAGCCACCGCUAUGCAGUGCUGGGCAACGACUACUCCUUCAGCCAGGUGUACCGCUAUGAUGCCCGCUCGGGCCUCUUCGUCCACUUCCAGGAGCUGAACACCCAGGCGCCCCGCUCUUUCGCCCACCUAGCCGUCCACCAGCGAGACUUUGUCUUCGCUGCCAGCUUCAAGGGAGACACGCAGAUCUACCGGCACAUCACCAUCGACCUGAGUGCCUGAGCCCCGCGCCGGGGCAGAGGGGGGCGCAGGAUGGGACGCAGACAAUGCAGGGUGCAGCACCAGCCACCGGGGGCACAGAACGGGACGCAGACAAUGCGGGGUGCAGCACCAGCCACCGGGGGCGCAGAACGGGACGCAGACAAUGCGGGGUGCAGCACCAGCCACUGGGGGCGCAGAACGGGACGCAGACAAUGCAGGGUGCAGCACCAGCCACCGGGGGCGCAGAACGGGACGCAGACAAUGCGGGGUGCAGCACCAGCCACCGGGGGCGCAGAACGGGAUGCAGACAAUGCGGGGUGCAGCACCAGCCACUGGGGGUGCAGAACGGGACGCAAACAAUGCGGGGUGCAGCAUCGGCCACCGGGGGCGCAGAACAGGACGCAGACAAUGCAGGGUGCAGCACCAGACAGGGCCACCGGGGGAGGGCACAGAGUGGGACACAGACAUUGGGGGUGCAGUACCGGGCAUGGCCACUGGGGGGGGCACAGAAUGGAACACAGACAAUGGUGGGUGCAGCUCCGGGCACAGCCACCGGGGGGGGGGGCACAGAAUGGGACGCAGACAAUGGCGGGCGCAGCUCCGGGCACGGCCACCGGGGGGGGGGGUACAGAAUGGGACGCAGACAAUAGGGGUGCAGUACCGGCCACAGCCACUGGGGGCACAGACCAGGACGCAGAUAGUGGGAGGGGUGCAACACCAGGCCACAGCCACCAGGGCGCAGAACUGGCUUCAGACAAAGGGGCUGCAGCACCAGCCAGGGUCACUAGGGGUGCAGAACAGUACGCAGACAAUGGGGGUGCAGCACCAGCCAUGGCCACCAGGGAUGCCGACAGUGGGGGUGCAGAACAGGAUGCAGACAAGGGGGAAGGGAGCAGGAGGGCGCUAUGCCAGCAAUGCCCACCGGGGGGGGACAGCACCAGGGACCGACUUUUCAAUCCUAUUUUGAUGCCAACCCCCCCCCCCCCACCACCACCACCACCUUUUAAAAUCGUUUCUGGGGUUGGUUAAGAGCCAUUUUUCCGUGCUACAUUUUUAAAAAUGGAUUUAAGAGACUUGUUUUUUCCCCACCCCUUGACAAAGGGUUCUGGUUAAGAGCCAGCGGCCUGUGGCUUUUUCAGCAUUGGAGUUUCCAUUUCAAUUGUGUCUUUUUCAAAUUUUUAUUCAUUUACAAUCCUCCUUAACUAAAAAAAAAUUCAAUUUUCUGUCAGGUCCUGCUUUUAAACCGAUGAGUCAUUCACAGAGUCGUUAAAGAAAAACAUUUACUGCCUUUUUUAUUCAUUUCACGUUUUUUAUUUCAUUUCAUUUUCAGCCUUUAAACCUUUGUUCCCAUGGCCCAUAAAUUAAAUGUUUGGGUUCAGUUA